GUGACCGACAGGAGAGAGAUGGCGUCGUCCAAGGUGAAAGCUUCACAACAGCCUCGGGCUGAUAGCUACCGAGUAGCUAUCACACCAGGUGGCGAAGAUGUCAAGAAAAACAAGAAGAAGAAGAAGAAGGAGAACUUGGAUGAGCUCAAGCAGGAGCUUGAGAUGGACGAACACAAGAUCCCUAUUGAAGAACUGUAUGACAGACUUGGCACUGAUCCAAACAAUGGUUUGUCAGCUGAGCGAGCUGCCAUGAUUCUGGCAAGAGAUGGUCCUAAUGAGCUGACUCCACCUCCCACUACACCAGAAUGGGUUAAGUUCUGUAAACAAUUGUUUGGUGGUUUUUCCAUGCUUUUGUGGAUUGGAGCCAUCCUUUGUUUCAUUGCCUAUUCCAUCCAAGCCAGUCAGUAUGAUGACCCCCCUGGUGAUAACUUGUACCUUGGAGUUGUGUUGACCGCUGUUGUGGUAGUUACAGGAUGUUUCUCAUAUUACCAAGAAGCCAAGAGUUCCAAGAUUAUGGAUUCGUUCAAAAGCAUGGUUCCUCAGUUUGCCCUGGUGACACGUGGUGGAGUGAAAAUUGAUUUGAAAGCUGAAAACCUUGUUGUUGGCGACAUUAUUGAUGUGAAAUUUGGAGAUCGAGUUCCUGCAGAUAUCCGUUUAAUGACCGCACAGGGAUUUAAGGUUGAUAACUCUUCACUUACUGGAGAAUCUGAGCCAUGUUCUCGCUCACCUGACUUCACUAAUGAAAACCCUCUGGAAACCAGAAAUCUUGCUUUCUUCUCUACCAACGCUGUUGAAGGUACAUGCCGUGGUAUUGUUGUGAAGACUGGAGAUAAGACUGUGAUGGGACGUAUUGCUAACCUUGCUUCUGGUCUCGAGGUCGGAGAGACUCCCAUUGCUAAAGAGAUUGCCCAUUUUAUCCAUAUCAUCACUGGAGUGGCUGUGUUCCUUGGUGUUACCUUCUUUAUCAUCGCUUUCAUCCUGGGAUACUUCUGGCUGGAUGCUGUUAUCUUCCUCAUUGGUAUCAUUGUGGCUAAUGUACCCGAAGGUCUGCUGGCUACUGUCACAGUAUGUUUGACCCUGACUGCCAAACGUAUGGCCUCCAAGAACUGUCUUGUGAAGAAUCUUGAGGCUGUCGAGACGCUUGGAUCCACUUCUACAAUCUGCUCUGACAAGACUGGUACACUCACCCAGAACAGAAUGACAGUUGCUCACAUGUGGUUUGAUGGUCACAUUGUAGAAGCAGAUACCAGCGAUGACCAGUCAAAUGCAACCUAUGGCUCUGGAGAUGAGACUUGGAUGUCACUGGCACGCAUUGCUAUGUUGUGUAACCGAGCUGAAUUCAAGUCUGGCCAAGAAAAUGUACCUGUUCUGAAGAGGGAAUGUAACGGUGAUGCUUCUGAGUCUGCCCUGCUCAAGUGUGUAGAACUGUCCAUUGGAGAUGUAACAGGCUUCCGUCACAGGAACAAGAAGAUCUGUGAAAUUCCAUUCAACUCCUCCAACAAAUACCAGGUGUCAGUCCAUGAGACCGAGAUCCCAGACGAUCCCCGCUACUUGUUGGUGAUGAAGGGAGCUCCUGAGAGGAUUCUGGACAGGUGUUCAACUGUUUUGUUUAAUGGCAAGGAUAUUGCAUUGGAUGACAACUUCAGGACUGCCUUUAAUGCUGCAUACAUGGAGUUGGGAGGUCUUGGAGAGCGUGUGCUUGGUUUCUGUGACUACUUCCUUCCUUCUGACCAAUACCAGCCAGGAUAUCCCUUUGACAGCGAGGAGGAGAACUUCCCUCUUAGUGGACUGCGAUUUGUUGGACUGAUGUCUAUGAUAGAUCCUCCAAGGGCCGCUGUACCAGAUGCUGUAGGAAAAUGCAGGAGUGCUGGAAUCAAGGUUAUCAUGGUGACUGGUGAUCAUCCUAUCACAGCUAAGGCUAUUGCUAAGGGUGUUGGUAUCAUCUCCGAUGGCAGCAAGACCGUAGAAGACAUUGCUAAUGAACGUGGAAUCAAGGUGGAAGAUGUUGACCCAAGAGAUGCUCGUGCUGCUGUCAUCCACGGUGCUGACCUCAGAGACAUGACCCCAGCACAGAUCGACGAAAUCCUCCGAGACCAUCCUGAGAUUGUGUUUGCCAGAACUUCCCCACAACAGAAACUCAUCAUUGUGGAAGGUUGUCAGAGACAAGGACAGAUUGUGGCCGUCACUGGUGAUGGAGUCAACGAUUCUCCUGCUCUCAAAAAGGCUGACAUUGGUGUUGCUAUGGGUAUUGCCGGAAGUGAUGUCAGCAAACAAGCUGCCGACAUGAUAUUGCUGGAUGACAACUUUGCCUCUAUUGUAACAGGAGUAGAAGAAGGACGUCUUAUCUUUGAUAAUCUGAAGAAGUCCAUUGCCUAUACACUGACAUCUAACAUCCCCGAGAUCAGUCCAUUCUUGUUCUUCAUUCUCCUCGACAUCCCCCUGCCCCUUGGAACCAUCACCAUCCUGUGUAUUGAUUUGGGUACUGACAUGGUACCGGCCAUCUCCCUUGCCUAUGAAGGACCAGAAAGUGACAUCAUGAAGAGACAGCCUCGUGAUCCCAUUAAGGAUAAACUUGUCAACGAAAGGUUGAUCAGUAUGGCCUACGGACAGAUUGGUAUGAUCCAGGCCUCUGCUGGAUUCUUCGUCUACUUUGUCAUCAUGGGUGAGAAUGGAUUCUGGAUGAGCAGACUUCUUGGUAUCCGUGAACAGUGGGACGCCAUGGCUGUCAAUGAUCUUCAGGAUUCCUAUGGACAGGAAUGGACUUAUGACCAGAGGAAGACGCUGGAAUACACCUGUCAUACCUCUUUCUUCGUGUCCAUUGUCGUCGUACAGUGGGCCGAUCUGAUCAUCUGUAAGACUAGGAGACUUUCUCUAUUCCAACAAGGAAUGAAAAAUCACCAUCUCACGUUUGGUCUGUUCUUCGAGACAGCACUUGCUGCAUUCCUUACAUAUUGCCCGGGUCUUGAUCAAGGUCUUCGUAUGCAAAACCUACGGUGGACAUGGUGGUUUCCUGCAAUGCCGUUCAGUUUGGCCAUCUUUAUUUAUGAUGAAUGUAGAAAAACCAUCCUCCGUCGUUCGCCGGGAGGUUUUGUGGAACGGGAGACCUACUAUUAACAAAUUGACAAACUUAGAUUCUUAUUGUUAUAAAACUGAAUUUUCAAUUCAUCGAUAUGUGUUAAUAUGAUGUAUAGAUUCGGUCUGGUAUCGGCGACACCAACUUAUGUGGACUGUUUGUAAAUAUAUCAGGAUCAUUAACCAUGUGAUCACUGUUAGCAAGGACUCUUUGUGACAGAUUUUGUAUUACUAUGUCACAAGAAGAAAAAAGAUAGAUUUAUCAAGUGAUGUAACUAUCUUUGUACAUUAAUAUUAUCAUAAUGACGUAAUAUCACAGGAUGUCAGUAAUAAAGAAGACAGAUUCUGUUUGAUUUGGUUCAGUAUGAAAUAACUACGGAAAUUGGCCAAUGAUAUUCCAAGGCUUGUAUUUGACUUAGGAGAUAUGUAUGUGCCCGUUGUACUGUUGUGUAGGUGUUUUUGUAUGAGUGUGCAGUCCCCUUCACUGGGGGACAGUAUGCAGUCAGUGAAACCAUAUGAUUUUAGAAUUUGUUUUUAUUACUUCUACUCCGACUCAUUUUACACAACACAUCCAACAUUUUUUGUACAUUUUAUUAAACUUUAUUUUUCAAGAAGUGGACACAAUAUAAUCAUUUUUCCAUCUAGUAGUAAAAAUCAUAGUAAUUUCCCAUGUUUCCAGUGUUUGUAGUUUAAAAUUUUUGCAUUUAUAGUAGCAAAAGGUCUGAAUAUCUGGGAAUAUGAUGCAAUAGUAUAUAUAUAUAUACAUCAGAUUGAAUCAAAAUAACAUCGUAAAUACAAUUUGGAAUGUGUGUUCAGAGGAUUAAUCUAGAGAUGAAAAAAAAAUAAGAUCUGAUUGUAAUAAUAUUGAUUCAUAAGCCAAAGCUGUCCUUCGCUUUUAUUUCAAAGAUUUUACUACCAUUUUAAGAUAUAUUUCUAGUUUGUGUUUUUAUGAACUUCAGGUCUUUAAGGUUGUAGUACAACUGGAAUAGUGUCUAGCAGGACAGCGGGAAUAUUUUUAAAAGGGAACAAUCUGGAGCAUGUCUUCUUUUAGUUGUGUAUGUUACGAUAUCGGAGUUGUCUCCCCUUGUGACACAGCUUUGAUAAUGUAAGGUUUGAUACUCAACCCUUUGAUGAAUUUCUGCAUUUUCUUUGUUUAUGUAGCUUUGACUCCUCUGAUUAUCUAGCCGAUAGAAAAAAUAGAAAGGAACUUUGUAAAUUUGUAGUUGACAGAGAAAUGAAAUAUGUUUAAAAAAACUGUUAUCCCCACUUCACCCUAGAAUCUUGCUGAAUGUGUUCCGUGAAGAACCACGUUGAUGCUUGUCAAUGCAAGUUUUUGUUUAAUCAGAUGGGGCUGUGGUAUGAUAGGUUUACUGAUUUCUUAGAAAUCGUUGUAAUUGCAUUUACCGUGAUCUAUUUUCCAGAUUUAUAUUUGUCAAGUAUUUUUUUGGUUGAGAUUGUACUGACAUGCUCCUUUUGGGAUAUUUUUGCAGCAAGUAUCUGUGGAGAGAUUCACUUUGGAUUUUUCCCAUGGAUGUCGAAAGUUAUGUGUCGAUGUACAUGAGAUGAUUUAAAGGAAUGCUUCUGUGGAUGUUGGCAUUACUUUGUGUAUAAAAAAGAUGCUGAUGUUGUGAAUUGUCGAUGUUUUUAUAUUACUAUUCAUCUUUGCUCAUAUCCUCAGUUCUAUACAAUAUAGAAACCUAGGCAUAUAUAAAUUAUACGCAACACAAAGUGGACGAGCUACAUUCCAAAAUAUGGUACCUCUUAAUGUAUAACAAGGCCCAUAACUCCGUACCAAUAUUUAGGCAUAAUAAUAUAUAUACAUAUAUAACCAAGCAAUACGUUUUUUUCAUUAAAUUCGAUAGAAAAAUCAGGAAAUUUUUUUUUGUUUUGUUUUGUUUUUUUUUUCCUGUUAAUAUUUUUAAUUGAAUGUUUUUUUGCAAAUAGUCAUCUUGCCUGAAAGGGAGUUUGGGAGUGAAUUGAUCAGAUUUCUGUACAAGAAAGUAGGAAUUUUUUUUGUUGGUUUUCUGUGUCGUUAGUAGGAGAUCUCCGUUUGGAUAGCCCUGAGUGUGUAGACAUCUUUUAUCAUGAAGACCACUUCUCUUUGGUCAUGAGAUUUUUAUUAUGGGGAUACACAGAAAAUUAUAGUACGAGACUAAGGUUGGUCAUCUGUCAUUUCACUAUUAUUCAAUUGCCAAAGGUAAAAACUUUAUAACAAGUUCGUAAACUAACACAGCUUUAUAACACUAGACCAGACGGGAAGACUUCGGUCUCUGUUUAUAAUAUAUGUGCAUCCCUCGGCUUCCUAGGACUUUUUCUGACGAUGUUGAAUUUUAAAUUCUGUUAAAUCUGCAUGUUGUGAUUGACCUACAGCUUAUCUUACCGUUUUAACCAGAACAGGUCCAUUGUACAAUUUUUCUUUGGCUUGCCGUGUUUGACCUCACAGCAAGGUCAUGUCAUUGAGGGAUUGACCUUUGACCUGUGCUUUGGUAUGAUGUCAGAUGACCUGAAUGUCUGGAGUUGUUGUGUUAUUUAGUCAGAAUGGUUUCUAGUGAAGCCAAUACGGAGACCUUUUUUUCCCCUUCGGACGUCUUUCAUUUCUUUGCGUAUUGGAAUUCUCACGUCAUAGCAGAUGUAACUGACACCUAAAAUUUUGAAGAAAUAAACCUUUUAGAUCUAAA